AUGCUGUCUCUGCCACGUUGCCACGACCAUGACAGCACACAGGAUCUGCUUUAUCGACGCCUGGGAGCUGACAAGUUCUCGAAGCUCUUGGAUGAAGCAGACGUGCUGACCAAGAAGUUCCAGACUCGCAUUCAGAAAGCCCGAGGCUUUUUUCAAACAGCCAAUGGCAUCAUCUGGCACGUCACCCCAGAUGGGGAAGUCAAGGGACUACACGCAGAUGGUUCCCGAAUCCGAGACCGAGUGCGGGUUGCUCCCGACGAUACGCUGCAGAUUGGGCCCUUCCGGCUGGAUGAAACGCGCGGAUGUCACUGCAUCCAUUGGUUGCGGAAGGAUGACCCUGACAAGUCUUGGAACUGGUCAAGGGACAACACCCUACGCACGCGAGUGCGGCUGGCCACCGGUGAGAGGGCGUAG